CUAGUUUAGUAUUUAGCGGUCGAGUGUUGUGUUGUGUGAAGGCAGCACUAUACGGUUUAAUGAACGGAGUGCGACGGCGCGGCGCGCGGCGCGGGCGCAGAGCAGUCGGCCCCGAGCCCCUGGCGGCGCGACCACGCCACGCGAGUGCGGACGCACCAUGAACGAGUACGUCGAGUACGACUGGAGGCUCCACCAGGUGCAGAACGAGCUGCUCUGCGACGUGUCCCGCAAGCGGCUCACCGACGGCGACAAGCAGCGGGCCCUCGACGGCCUUAAAGAAACCGUCGACUCGAGUCUCAACUUAGCCCUACGCGACAAGAGCCGCUGCCAGGACGACGCCUUCCUGCGCCGGUUUCUGUACGCGCGGAAACACGAUGUGCAACAAAGUUUCGAGUUACUAGUGCGAUAUCACCAGUAUCGGCGCGAGCACCCCGAGCUGUGGGCGCCGGCGGACGGCGGCGUGCUGCGCGCGCUGGCCGACGGGCUGCCCGGCGUGCUGGCGCAGCGUGACCGCCGCGGCCGCGCCGUGCUGCUCAUGUUCGCCUCCAACUGGACCCCGCAGGCCUGCCCGCUCAUGGCCGUCUACCGGGCGCUCCUCCUCACCCUCGAACGAACCCUCCAAGAUGUGCAAAAUCAAGCCAACGGAUACGUAAUAAUUGUGGAUUGGACAGAAUUUACAUUUAAGCAAUCGUGUAGUUUACAAGCCAAAGUGAUGAAACUUAUGAUCGACGGUCUGCAAGAUUGUAUGCCGGUUAGGUUCAAGAGCAUACAUUUCAUAGGUCAACCUUGGUACGUGGAGACGGCGCUCGCCGUAAUAAAACCUUAUCUCAGAGCCAAAACGCGUGAGCGCAUCGUGCUGCACGGCAAUAAUUUAUCGACGCUGCACGACGCGCUGCCACUCGACAUACUGCCCGCGGAGCUGGGCGGCGAGGGACCCUCGUACAACUCCGAGAGGUGGUUGAACGAGUUUUACCGUGCCGAAAGUAAAGAUAACCCCGAUGCGCCACCAGUUCCACUGUCGAUAAAGACUGCAGCGCCACCCGAGGACGACCCCCCAUCCGCGAAACUCGACAAAGCUUACAAACAGAAGGACAAUCCAAAAUCAUUUAAUGGCAAUGAAAAGAGUGCUAAGUCAGAACUGUUGCGUGAUAAGGACUGACCGUUUGGCGCGCAAUCGCCGCGUCGUUAACAAUGGACAGCUGUCUGCGCACGCCGUGAGCGCCGGUGCGCUCGCGAGCAUGCAAUUGUGAUAUCGAUUGUAAUGCUAAUUUAUUGUCUAGAGAUUACUAAGAACAGUCCAGAGUAAACGCCUCAUUAGAAAGUUGGAAUAUAAUUAAGGUGCAUUUACGUUAGUGGUGUAUUGUAUAUGCUGGAAGGACGGAGCGAUGAUUCAUUCACACCUUAUUUUUGAUCGUGAUGUUUAAUUGGAAUCGAUAGUUUCGGUUCGUGAUAACUGAAUUAGCGAGUCGGCGGAUGCAAGGAGCGUUACUGGCCGCGUUGCAGGCGCAGGCGCAGGCGCAGGCGGCAUGUAACGGUGCCGAGCUCUCGUUUUGACGCAUCCGCUGCCAUUUGGCUUUGGCGCUGAAUUCCUCGCUCCGAAUAUUUUUUACAGGUUUCACUGUAGUUUAACAUUUUAUUUAUUCGACUAAUCAGUACCUUGUAAUGUCAAAUAUCUCAUUAUGUUAAUAUUUAAUUUUCAGACUAGUUAAGAUCACACAUUUUAGAAAUAUGGUUGUAGAUAUCCACGCUUUGGUCAUGUGAGGCUUACUGCGCAUUUACUAUUAUGUUUUAAGUUAGUGUAUGGUAUGCGAGGCGAAGCCUGCGAGGUAUAUAUGUGAUGUGAUAACUUUCGAGACAGUAUUAAAUUUAAUGUACUUAUUUCCCUUCAUUCCGGUCAUGGAUGCAUCAUGGAUGUGGAAAUUAUGGCUAGCUCUCGAAUAUUUCAAAACAAGCUCUCUUACAUAGCCUCUUGCUGUAACAAUUGUAUUUAAAACAAUGUGUAGCGUCGCUAGAAGUUUUUCCAGGGCGUUACGUUGCUUGUUGAAGCUGAAAAGACUUAUGAGUGAUGAAAGGAUGAUUAUUUUAUGCCCUUUGGCAUGUGUACUGUAUUAAAUACGUGUCUUAACAAUACCUUAAGCCGCUUAUGUCUGACAUGACUGUAAAUAUCCACUCAGCUGAGACAGUUGCUUUAAUAUUGUACCUAUCAAGUGAAAUAAAUGUAUUACACAAUA